CAUUUCAUAACAAACGGUUCAAUUGCUUUUCAAAGACUAACUCGUACGAUCCAAGGCAACGUGUUCCUUUAAUUUGCAUUUAAUUUACAUUGUCUGUUGCCAGUUUAUUUUAAUUCUUGUGGUUUAUCUCUGUGUCUCCUACUGAGUAAGUUACAUGGGAUACAGAUUAGCAUCGCACAAACAUAUUACAUUUUAACUUAAUUCUAACAGUGAUUUUUAAGAAUGGAGUAUUUUUAAAACUAAAUGCACUGAGAACAUUUUAUUUAAAGAUACAUUUAGUUUAUUAUCAGGUUAAUUUGAAUGUAAUAUAAUGUACAACAUGAAGGGUUUAUUUUAUUUACUGAUCAUUUAAGUGAUGUAUAAAUAAAACAGCUCAUGAUCUUCUGAAUAAUACAUACUUUUUUCUCUUUGAUUAUUGAGUAUCUAUGUGGUCUAGUGGUUUGGGCCCAAUGUCAUACAUUAAAAAUACAGGGCAAAACUAACAGGUGCAAGACAGAAAAUAAAGCCGUUACUGUUUCCAUGCUAUUUCUACAUACAAAAAUAGAGUAAUUGUUUUUUCAACUGUGUUUUUUGUUGAUUUUUGCGGGUUAGACGCUCCAUAUUUGUGAUUGUCUAGCUCCCAAAUGCAUAGUAUGUAUUUUCAACCACAGCACGAAUAAGAGAACAGACUACGUGUGUCAUAGUAUAACCUCGUGUGCAGUUGCAUUAAAAUGAUCGAUCUCACCUUCAUAUGUCACCCAACUGUACAGGAUCUGGGAACGACGAAAAACUACGUGGAAAUUUAGUCGUGUAUUUCCCCGUCCCAUAUGGAUAGUGUGUACACUGUUCAUUUCAUCAACAAAAAGUUACUAAAAAGUGUUGUUGUUGUGUAAGUUUGCUGUUGUGUAAAUCACUGAAAAGAUUAUUUCGUUCGUUGGUUGGUAGGACGUGGAACGAUACCUAAAGACGUCAACGUCACUUCUGGAGCAAUUAGCAUCAACUCCACUUCUUGAUGGUCAGUCCUCACGAUGGACACAUGUAUCCAUGUCUAACUUCAAGGAAUAAAGGAUGGAUCCUACACUCAAGACGUUAUUGAAUCAAAGUUCACUCAAAGUCCUGUGUUGAAAACUUUUAGUGCUGUAGUGUACUUACGAUAGCUGUGUGUAGACUGCGUCUCGUACGGGUAUUCCUUGAUAUACCUGAUUUGAAAUCCAAGACGCUAGUGGUUUAGAAAGAACAGUCACCAUGGUUGGGACAUUUCGGAGCCAUGUGUGGGACCCUCUUCUACUGAUCUCUCAGAUCCUCUUCAUGCAGUGCACAUUCUACAUCUGCUAUGGCUUCUGGCUGGUCUUUGUGGACUUAAUCCUAGAUAAUCCAAAACUCCUGGAUCAAGUAUUUAAGUAUGAGUGUCUGGAGUUUGGCAGCUCAAAAGGGAGAACAAUUGUCGCAGUUUAUGUCUUGAAUUCUUUAACAUGUGCCUUAGGAUUGUGGGUUGCCGUCCAGAGGGCAAAGCAGUGCACAGAUUUCGCCGUGACCGUCCAUGUGAUCCACCUGGUAGCCUGCUGGGUGUACAACAGACAAUUUCCCCACACGUUAUCGUGGUGGCUCAUCAACAUCAUCUGUGUGGCGCUGAUGACAGUACUCGGAGAAUUCCUGUGCAUGAGGAGCGAGAUGAAGGCCAUCCCGCUGUCAGUUGCCGCCAGGUCGGACUUAUGACCUAACCUAUGACCUUUGACCCCUGCCUUCCACAUGAAAAAUCCACAAGCCAAUGAACCCGCUUCAAUUUCAUAGAGCUGUGUGUAAGCAGAAAGCACAUUGCUUAACAGUUUUUGGCUUAGCAGAAAUGAGCAGGA